CACCACAGCCCCAGAGCUGCACAGCCAAGCUAAGGAAGUCCCUCCUGCUUUUGUGGGGCAACAGGAGCUCAGCUUCUGCGCACUUUCACGCGCUCCGGUGCGAUCAGGCGCGCAACAGAAGGUGAACCCACAUGGGCUGACAGUUGUUGUUUUGAGUUGGUGACGGAAAAAAAAAAAAAAAAAAAGUCUAUUUAAAGUUAACGGGAGGUUACAAUGUCCACUUCCGACUUGUGUGAGGAAAACACGCGCAGGGCUUCUGGGAUGGCACGUGCACACCGACCACCGGAUCUGGAGCUGACGGAAAGCGCGUACAAUUACGCACGAGGAGAAGAAGAAGAAGAAGGAGCAGAGACACCUGUGGGACACACGCCUUUCACUGACACACACAGAAUGCCGGGGGACGACAGCACUCACCUCUCCGUCCCCCCCGUGCACCUUCACCCCUACUUGUCUCACCCCCGGAUGUCCGUGCGCAUGUCGGUGUACAGCACCGGGGUGCGUCCGCUCCUCACCCGCGCAUACAUCCAAGGACGCGUCUAUAACUUCCUGGAAAGGCCAUCCGGGUGGAAGUGCUUCGUGUAUCACUUCAGUGUGUUCCUCAUCGUCCUGGCCUGUCUCAUCCUCAGUGUCCUGUCCACCAUUCCUGAGUACGAGGCCUUGGCUCACACAACGCUCUUCUGGGUGGAGAUCGUCCUUGUGGUGUUCUUCGGAGUGGAAUAUUUUGUGCGCCUCUGGUCAGCCGGUUGUCGCAGUAAAUACGUCGGCUUCUGGGGUCGACUGCGCUUCGCAAGAAAGCCAAUAUCAAUAAUAGAUCUGAUUGUAGUCGUGGCAUCAAUCAUUGUGCUGUCAGUGGGCUCCAAAGGCCAGGUGUUCGCCACCUCUGCUGUAAGAGGCAUUCGCUUCCUGCAGAUCCUGCGUAUGCUCCACGUGGACCGUCAGGGAGGAACGUGGCGUCUCCUGGGCUCUGUGGUCUUCAUCCAUCGGCAGGAGCUGAUCACGACCUUAUACAUUGGAUUUCUCAGCCUGAUCUUCUCCUCGUACUUUGUCUACCUGGCAGAAAAAGAUGCGGUGGACAGCGGCGGCUCCUCAGAGUUUGAAAACUACGCCGAUGCUCUGUGGUGGGGAGUGGUGACCGUGACGACCAUCGGGUACGGAGACAAAGUUCCUCAAACCUGGAUUGGAAAGACCAUUGCAUCUUGCUUCUCAGUCUUUGCCAUCUCUUUUUUUGCACUGCCGGCAGGUAUCCUGGGCUCGGGCUUUGCCCUGAAGGUGCAGCAGAAGCAGAGACAAAAACACUUCAACAGACAGAUCCCUGCAGCUGCCUGCCUCAUCCAGACAUCAUGGAGGUCAUUUGCGGUGGAAAACUUUGAAUCUGCAACAUUCAAGAUGUUUUUGAGAAAAAGAUCCACCAUCCACGCCCCAUCUCUGUCCACACCCAAACCCAAAAAAUCGGUAAAGAUAAGGAGGAAGCUGAAGAGCAAUGACAAGGACAACGGUCCAACAUCCCCCACAAUUCCCAGCAUCGCCUACGACUGUGUGUUGGAUAGUGGGAGGGAGCUGAGCUCAGAUGUUUACAGCACUGUGGGCACAGAUCGAGACCAGUCCUGGACAUCUUUAACUUCCCUUCAGUUCAGCUCACCACCUCCAGUGAAAAGAAACGCCGUCUUUUUGGAAGUCCAGACCCCCAGCCCUCUCAGGAGGAACUGUAGUUUUGCAGAUGAUUUGGAGCUGGAGGCAGAGCGAGAACCUGAUCUGACUCCUGCCACUUCAGUGUCACAACUGACUGAGUCCCACCGCAGAGCCAUCAGGGUCAUCCAGAGGAUGCGCUACUUUGUGGCCAAGAGAAAUUUUCAACAAGCUCGUAAGCCGUAUGAUGUGCGAGAUGUGAUCGAGCAGUACUCCCAAGGCCACCUUAACCUCAUGGUUCGAAUCAAGGAGCUGCAGAGAAGACUCGACCAGUCUUUAGGGAAGAUAACUUUGUUCCAGACGGGUUCAGACCGAGCUAAAGACAGAGGCAACAACUCCAUCGGAUCCAGACUCAUGAGAAUGGAAGACAAGAUAACACACAUGGACCAGGCCCUGAGCCGCAUCGCAGAAUCCCUGUCCUUUCUGCUGGACCAGAAGGAUUCCGCUGGGGGCCAAGGUGAAAGCAGGCCGAGAGCGCCACUCGGACGGACCUUCAACGUCCUCCAGAGCCAGGACAGUCUGCCGAGUUACGAACAACUGUCGUCUUCACCUUCAUCCUUCACCUUAAACUCUGCCACCGCCUCCACCUGCCCCCAAAACCCCAUCACCACUAAUGAGGAAGAGCGCUGCUGAAAUCGGAUUUAUCUGAUUAGAAUUCAUCCACACAGUCAGCAGUUUAAAAUGUUGCCAUUGUAUGUUUCUGCAAACCUUGGAUUUGUAUCAUCUCGUUUGUCAUUUAAGUGGAAGCUGCUUUUUUCACUCUUUUUUUUUUUUUUGCUCUUGAGGUGAUUGUAAUAGAUGAUACAUGAGUUUGCAUCAAACCCCCAUGCAGUAGAUGUUUAAGUUUAGGUUAUAAAACCCCUUUGGUGAAGGUUUGGAAAAGAUUAUGGUUCAGUUUAACUACAUACAGUAUUCAUUACUCAUUUUUAUGAAAUGGCGUCUGUGCAGAAGUGCCUAUCCCAGUGGUUCCCAACCUUUUUUGGCUCAUGACCCCAUUUUAACAUCACAAAUUUCUGGCGAGCCUAGUUCAGAAAAGCAUUGAAUGUAUAGACUUGUGUAGCCAAACCUAUGCCCAUGCUUUGUUAGCUCUGUACCAAUGCUAUAAAUCGGUCUGACACCCUUCAAUAUUGUUCUAGAAUUUAGUUUAGUUCAGUGGUUCCAACCUUUUUUGGCUCGUGACCCCAUUUUAACAUCACAAAUUUCUGGUGACCCCAGACAUACAAGACAGAGA